GGACGGAACUUGCAUCGGAAAGAAUGUUAAAGGUUUUGAAAACAUACGGAGUGUUUUCAUUGCGAAUCAUGAAGCCAAAUGUUGAGAUGUACCUCAGUAGAACUGUAAGCGCCAAGUUUUCAGGACUUAGUUAUGUUGAGAAGUUCAAAACAAAUGCCAAGACAGAAAUACUUGUUGGGAAAUUGUAUAAGAAGUAUUUAUUGACUACAGGAAUGAUUUUUAAUAAUAUACCAUUAGGAACGUUUAUCUCAUCUUUCACUGGAGUCUACUUGAGGUAUCUGGAUAUGUUUCAGGCCAAGAAUGGAAACAAUAAGGUAAGACAAUGAAACUUCAUUGUGUAAAGUAACGCCUGCAUUAUGAAAAAUGACCAAUUUAGACAAAGUGCUAGAAAAAUAAAACAAAAGAGACUUGUUUACACGGUUUGAUUUAAACUAGAUGAAUGAACCGUCUAAACAUAUUGACUAGGGGUCUUUUAAAUAAAAGCCCUUCAGGGUUUGUUGAAGACUCCUAUAUAGCCCUAAUCAUUUCUUCUAAUAUGUAAAUAGUUGUUUUUGUUGGCAAAUUAUGGGCAAAUAAUAAUAAAAAAACAACAAAACAAAACAAGAAAACUAUCUUGGUAUGAUAAUGCAGCAAAAACAGAUGAUACGCCAAAAUUAGUUCGUGUUGGAGGAUGAUCCGUCGAUGUGUACUGUAAAGCAUUAGACGAACUAUCGGGACAUUGUCAGUUUGUAUUGCGCUUUUCUCGCUAAUUCGCCUGGAUAGCUCGUCUUGUGUUUAUGCUAAGAUGGAAGAUCCGUUAGAUCGCUGCGUCCUAGUCGUACGGACAACGCGACCUAACGGAUUAUCCAUCUUCAGUAGAAAUGCUGAAAUGAAGCCAAUCUCUCUUUUCAAUAUCAACUGAAACACUUUCCUUUUAGAUUGGCCUUUCAUUGUCUGCGCACCAAGUGGACUUAACCAACAUUCCAUUUAUGGCUUACACCUCAGAACCUCUGGCAUCAGCAUUUAGUACCAAUAUCCCCAACGGCCUUUACAUGGCUGCUUUGACCGGAACACCGAAAAAUUGUCAGGAAUAUAACACCUUCUGCAGGUUGAUUCAAAUAGUUCUUGGCAAGGAUAGAGAAUUUAUGCUGACUGGUGAGACAAGUUGGCAGUGGACCCACUUUAAGGCUUCUAUUCAGAACCCAGCUAUGUCACAACAGUUGCCAGUUGAAAAAGUGAAUAUUGAAGUAAAGGUAAGUAUUGGAAUAUAACGUUUAGGUAUAAUAUGAUUUAAAUCAAAACAUCUCUGUAAUUGCAUCUGACGGGAUUGUGAUUUGUGAACCUACUUCUGUAUAUAUCAUAGAUAUCUUAUAUACACGCGUAAAAACGCUCAGGUUGAUGCAAUACUGAUGAAAACAGGAUUGAACAAUGUUUUGCUGCCCACAUUGUUCAUAGCUGUCAACAAUAUUGAACAAUAUUGUUACACCCGAUUCAGGCUCAACAAUAUUGUUCAAUAUUGUUGACAAGUGUGAACAACUUGAGCAGCAACGGGCUCGGCGUUUUUUGCCCCCAUUUGAAUAGAUGGCGGCCAUGUUAAUGUUUCCCACUCGCUAAUAAACGCUUAAAAAAACAACAAUAACUUUCAUCAUUUGAAUAGUUUAAAAAUGUAUUAGGAAUAGGUUUACCUUAAUAUUUAAGUUCCGUGUUUAAGAAAUAGAAAACAUACGAAUCUUCUCAUUUCAUGGGAAUAUCCUCAGUCUGCAGUCACGGCUUCAAUUUUUGAAUUGUAGAAUAAUUAGAUGCACUAUCUAGUGUAUAUAAGAUAUCUAUGGUAUAUAUCCAACAAUGUGGAUUAUAAAAAAUAUGCAAUUGCUUGGACAUUGGCUAAUUAUGUAUGAUCGGUCAGCUUUUCAAUAUUUACAUUUACUGGUCGUGCUGAUAACUUCCCGUAUGACAAAUCAUGCUUAACUUUUCGUAAGCAGUCCCAAUGUUCUUGGUCCCUAUUGUUUUUGAAUUUUUACUGUAUGUCUGGUACCACAAACUUGAUACCGUAAACUUUUGUUGCCGUCACAGCGGAGGAGACAAGACAAUGUUGUGCGUUCUUUUUCUUGCAUGCUUUUUGAAAAACACAUAAUUUAAGUGAAAACCGCGUAUUUUAGGCAAAUAGUCGAUUGCCGACCGUUAUCCACACUAAUAUCCAAACAUUGCACCUUGCCAACAUUCCCUGCGGAAGGAAGCGGGAGUACUCGGGUAAAAAUUGGCAGAUAGAUGGCCAACUCUUUUUACAUGAAUGCUUUGAAUGAAGGAUAGAACCCAUGAUAUUAGAAAGGGUCCAAGAAUCGAUCCUUGGUGUUUAAAACGAGUGUGAGAAAAUACGUCUGAGUUUUGACUAUUUACGUAGUUUUUUCCCGUGGUUCCAUGUAAAAUAGAUUCGGUUGUGUUCAUUCCUCAUUUUAAAUUUCUCAAGGGAAGCAACAAAACUGGUUUGUUGUUUGGAGUUCAACCUUACAUCGCUUACAAAGUUAAUGGAGAUGUACUGCCCUCAGAUGAGAAGUUAAAAAGGAUAGUAUUCACUGGAACACUGUUUUACAGCACUUCUGGUCGUCAACUGGAAGGAAAGUUGAAAACUAAUGCAGUUUGGAAAAGUGCGUUCGGUUAUCCACAGCUUACUGUUAAACGAAUGUCAGCUGGGUAAGAAAUUUAUUGUGCAAACGUUUUAACUAGAGCUGCUCCUGAUUAAUCUUUUUUUAGCAAUUGACUUUUUGACACGAUUCGGUUCACCAACAAUACCAUUCGGCCGAACUAUAUAACUAAAACUAUAUAACUAAAAUUGAUAUAAUUUUUUGUUAUAUUAUGCAGACUCUCCGUUCGCCUAGUACGGCCUCACUUUCCCAACAAACUUGAAACAAGAGGAGACUUUGAAAUUGGUUUACACUGCAAAGACUAUGAGGUAAGAUGAUCUCUUCUGUAUGAUCCAUAUUACCAUCUCUUCUUCUUUUCCUUCACUUUUAUUUUGGAUCGAUCCUCUCUGUAUGUCGUCUCCGCGUAACUUGAUCUCUUCCUUCAUUCUCCGUAACUCCAAUCCCUUCUAUAGAUUUCAUUAUUGCAUUAUCAAUCUUAUCCUUUGUCCUUCUCUGGAUCUUUUUCCUCUAACAAUUUGCUUCCAUGGACCCUCAUCAACUGUCUAUUAUCUACUCUUACCAAGCUACAUAAAUUAUUCUCGCGUCUUUGUUUGAAAGACCUUAUGGGAGUAAUAUUCUUGUAUCUACGGUAGCAUCAUCAUUCUCCUCUCUAAUCACCUUUCCUUCUCCUUCAUUGAACGUCAACUCCACGCUUUAACUGAAACACCUGGCUGAGGUCUCGUAUGUAUAAAUUUACGUAAUUCAUAUAUAGAAUGACUGUAUAACUGGAACGGCGUACAUUGGAAUGUCAGAUGAAAGAAACGAACAAUAUUUCCAUGGUGUUAUGUCGCGUUUUACUAUUCAAGAUAUUCUCCGUGUUCAUGGUGUGCAGUCAACACUUCCAGCUCCUAUUGCAAGCAUUGGUUUUCCAGAUGGACUUGAGGUAUGCAGAAUCACUUCAAUUUCUCAUGAUUGCACAUUUAUUGUUUGAUCUAGGAGGAGUCGUCUUCGCAUUUCGUGCGCAAAUAGCGUUCUCUUUAAUCGUGACCACAACCACAACUCUAUCCCUAUCUCUAAUCUUUAUUUGAAGAGGAUAACACCUAAAAACAUUGUGACCCUCAUAAGCGUAUAAAGUCGGUUUCCGAUGUGGAUGGUAAAAAAAAUUGUGGCAAAAAUUCAGUAAAAAUUACUAAAUUUCACCUCUGUCUCAAUGACGUCAUGGAUUCGGUUAAUUUGCAUAUCAAACACACUCAAAUAUCCCCAAAACAAAGACAGAUAAAGUGUAGAGAAACUUGCAUACCAAGAACAGCUUAACAUCCAUUAACAAUGCGAAUGAACUGAAUUAUUCAUAAUUAAUUUAUUUUACGUUGAAUAACGUUGAUAAAAUGAUUUCAGAUUACGUUUGCUAAACAAGUUCACAACUUGGAAGCGAUUGGAGGACCAAUCAUCAAGCCAGGGUUUACAAUGAGAGGAAAAAUACAAGUACUAGGAUUAGAAAGCGAUUGUUCAGUAAAUCUUAAACCUAACGAGGUACGGUAUUAUUUUGAUUGUCGUAUUAUAUGAAUAGAGAUAGAUGAUUCACCGGGACGAACCUGAGCAGACGAACCUGAGCAAAAAAGAUAAUUUCAGCGAUGGUAUAUAAACACGGCAAACAUAUGAAUCGUCCGUCAAGACAAAACAUCUGCGCAGUUCAUCUGUACAUACACAGACUAAUCUGCGCACGUAGUUCGUGUCUGUCAGUAUGCGCAAAAAAUAUGACCUUAGACGAACGAACAAAUAGGAGAAAUCAGCACUUUUUUACUUGUUGAUUUUCGGAUCAAUGCUAUACUGAAGAAACUACCCAUUACCCUGCAAGUACAGUCCAUAAAACGCAUGAAGAAAACACAAAAAGAAAUCAUCAGCGUAAAGGAGUUUGUAUAUCUGAUACAAAAUCAUGCCGAUUCACACAAACGUUCAGUUCAAUUUUCUCAUCAAAUAUAAUUAAUUUAUUUCAUUUAAAAUGUUAAAGAAUAGCCUACGAAUGUUCUCAUCAAGACAUUGCAAUAUAUCCGAUACAACACGGCCGCUCAUAUUAUCGGUCUGACCUCUCUGACGCAUUUAUUCGUCUUCGCGUUAAUACAAAAAGAACUUUCCAGACCAACUAGUUAGAACUUGCUGUAACAUUUUGGUUUUAUUGCGAAAUCUGCUACAGGUACGUUUACCGAUGCUGCGAUUUGCCGGACCGAUAUCAAAAUGGGCAGUUUGUCUAUUGCCUUAUAAAAUAAAAUGACACCAACGCUUCUUCGACUAUUAUGAUAAAUACACUUGAUAUAUUUCUAAUUUCUAUUAAUUUUCAGUUUAUGGUCGAUGCUGAUAUCAAUGGUGAUAAAGGCCCUAUUAAGCUUGGUGGAGUAACACCGCUGUACAGAUCAAGGCGCGACCGAAAGAACGGACCUAAGUUAUAUUUAGAAACGCGGUUUUCUCCCAAGACUUAUGUCAAGGUUAGGAAAACAAUUAUACUUUGUAUUCGUUUAAUUUCACGUCAAGCUAGACAAAACAUAAAGGAAUAAUAUUUUGAAAAUCGCGCUUACUUUCCCCAUCUCGUUAUUUUUUUUUAAAUUGAAGUUCAAAAUUGAAGGUGAAAACCUAAAGCGUUUCGGCCAAAUUCUUUUAUCUUUCAAAUUAAAAAUCCUGGGUUGGGCGUGUAACACCUCACUAUAAAUGUUUGAGAAAUCAAUUUUGUAGGGAAACUUUAUGAAUUUAUCAAAUAUUCAAUAAUUUGUCGGACAAAAAUACAUUCAAAUCAUGUUGAGUAAGAAUCAAAAAGCCUAGAAGUCCAGUUUGAGCAAUUUAAAAAACUUAGUUUUCUGACCAUCAGAAUUCGGUAAAAUCUUCCCCCAUGGGACAUGCCCCAUAACCCUAGAGGUCUCGUGCCUUUGACACUCGAUACUAUUGUCUUCGCAUCAUCGUCCCUAGAGUCCCUCGCGUAGCAACGUGGCACAAACCUGAGGACGAGAAUGGUGUCUUCGACGUUAUCCUUGCGGACCCUCAUAAAGUUUUUAGUUUUCCCUACAUCUUUACGUUCUUUUCUGGCCACACCUUUCUGUCGGGCAAAGCGACUCCACAACCCCCUAAUGUUCAGACCCAAGUUAUGUCCUUGUUCACCUACAGUAGAAAGAGUAAUGUUUGCAAUGCCUUUUUUGUAUGGUGUAUCGUCCCCGACACAGGAUAAUAUACCAUCUUAUCUGCGACUCCAAAAUGACUCUCCUUCAUCCUUUUUAUUACGUGCCCAUACCAUCUCAUAUUCAGCACAACAUCUUCUUUCAAUCUCUUCACUCUUCAUCUUGGCCUUCAGCGAAACCUCCGAGAACCUUCUCAACAUUCGCAUCCGGGCUCAACACUGUACGUAGACUUUGCCUUUCGACUUUGUAAUCUGCCGAAAUGAACUGUGUUACUUUUCAAAUAUUCGUUCUUCCAACACGGACUCCACCACAGAAUCGCUGUUUAUUGCUUAUAACUAUUACUUAGUAUAUUAAAUCUAUUUUAAUUCAGGCCCACAUUGAUGGCUACACACGAAUAUUUGGUGUUUUCGACGAAAUCCGAAUAUUGAUGACAAGAAGACAUUUUGCGAUACGUUUGGUCACGAGUAUUUUCCAGACAUUCAAAGUUCGUAUUAACGUGAUGGCGAACUAUAGUGAGGAUCUCAGCAGAACACAUUUUAAAGCCAGAGUUGUCUUCAUUGGUGGCUUAGCAAGGGUAAGCGGAAAGCUCGAGUCCUAAAAACUAAAUAGCUUCAUCCUUAAGCAUGUUCAGGGCUUACUGGGUAAAUUCCAGCAUCGGACAUUCAGACUAGAAGAAACCAUAAGUACACUGGGCUUUGUAAUCAUUUAUUUAAACCGGAGUAGCGAGCGAAACAUGAUUUAUAUACCUGGUUGCAGUGAACGAACAAACUUUAAACAUUAAAUUAUGCUUAGAAUCAUUUGAAAUUCAAGCUUUUCUAUACUUUUUAUGUCUUAAUAAAAAACUGCGUGGGCGUGGCAUAAUACAUGCGAUUACCACCAACACCAAACUUAACUAGAAACAAGUAUACUAAUAAGUAUAUGGACCCAAAUGUAAGCUUCUAUACUUGCUCCAUUUUUUAAACAAAAAUUUAGACAAUUGUUGACUGAGUGACAGGCAUUCAGUGCACUUGACUAUUAGUAUCAUGACUAUUGCCAUCCAGCAUUUACAACCAACCAACUAUAUUUAUACUGAAUAGCUCAUCACUAGACUCGUCACUCCAUCAGUUCUCAACUGCUAAACUAUUUGCUGUAGACUCUAAACUGUUUUCUUUUACUAUAUUUAUUGGGUUUUUUAUGGUUUCUUUUCAUAACAGCUGACGAGAGCCUCAUCAAAACAUGUGAUGCAAAUACUGAAAAAUGAAAAAGAGAAACUACAGACAGCCCGGAAAGAGAUGAGUGCUAUCAAAACAGAAUGUCAGACAGACAGUAAAACAGAAUGUGAUGUUUGUUUAAAAUCUUCUACGUGUCGAACAAAACUAGAUUCCUGCAGAGAGAAACUCACUUUGAAAGAAAGAUUAGAGUAUUCGCGAAGUUCUGCAACUCAUUUCUGUCAGCGUGUUGUAAGAAAUAACUGUCAGCUUACUGCUGACGAUUGCAAGGCUCUUUGUCAGAAUAUUACCAAGGCAAAUCACUCCUGUAAGACACUUAGUCAAUCACAAAAGACACUUCAACAGAUGAAGAAAAGUUUACAAUGGGUUGGUACUGUCAGGGCUAUGUUCUCCAGUGGUUUAUGUCAAAUUCACAGUAUUACAUUUGAGACAAAAUUAACACCGGACUACAUUGGCGACAUCUAUGUGAAUGCAAAACUGGAUAUCACAAUAUUUGGUCAACGACGGAAGAUCGAUGGAGUGAGAUUAAAAUUUGGACAAUUUGCUCGUUUGGCUGCGGACGUAGCAAGAAAUGCGGUGGAAUGGUUCAGAAAGUCAAACACUUGACAUAAUUGGUUUGUACGACGAAAGAACUCAGAUAUCUGGAGUUCCUCAAGGCCAUCUGAAAGGACCGUACAUGUAGGAUCGAUGGAUUCUACCAACAAGAUGGAUAUAUUUUCAAAGGAAAGAUGAACUGUAAAUGUAAAAAGUACCAGUACAUAAUUUUUGAACAGAACAUUUAACGCCCCAUAGGGGCAACCAUUACACCGACAUAGGCCUUUUCUAGGAAUCAACAUGAUAACAUCAGGGUCCAACCAUCGAGCAAAAUGCUUGUGCUGUAUUUCGAUUUUUUUGAAAUUUAACCGUUUUCCAUGCGUAGUAUCUAUUGACCUAUUUUGCAUUUCUGUAAAGGAUGCAGAUGUGAUUUUUAAAUGGAGUUUUUGAUCGAGAAUAUAUAAAAUUUUUAACCGGCAGGAAUCGAAUUUUUCGCACCUGCCUCCCGGUUAGGUCUAUAAAAUUGUAUAUAAACGUUCGGUCAAAAAUUCCAUCUACAAAAAUCCCAUCGACAAAAAUCUCAUCUACAUUCAGUUUUAUAGAACGAGAUGCUCCAAAUCUUGAUAUUUACCAUUCCUGUAAAGGGCCUAUCGAUUGCUACCAAUUGUUAGCUCUUCCCCAGUUGACGUUUGUAAAAUCUCUAGGCAUAGUAAAAUAUCAGCCUCUAGAGUCAGCGAGAAAAGGUUAUACUAAUACUCUCUUACACUAACCUUAUUUAAAAUACUACAUAUAUAGCGCUUGGCAACCAAGCUUUCUGUUUAGUACACUUCAGGGGAGUAUUCUAUCUACCGUGAGCGGAGGGUCAAAACUGCAUCUUGGUGCAAAUUAAUGCAGGUUGAUUGUAUAAUCAAGAUGGCGUUUGGCUAUUUUAAUACUGUUUUAAUUUUUAAACAAUAAAAUCUUGAAUCUAUGCUUCAUCCAACCCUCGAUCCCAACCUGGGGUCCUCUUCCUAACCAAGACUUAACCCGGCGCAUCAUCUUUCACCCUGCAAUUUAGACCCUCCGUACAAUAUUUCUGUAUAGAGAUUCAUGUUAGUUUGUUAAAACGUUGUUAAGUUAGUAUCUGAUAGUUUGUUAAAAUGCUGUUCAAAUUUAGUUUCCGUCCUAUUUAUAAUGAACAAUGCUGUAGUGAAAUUAUUUGUAGCAUGAUUUAGGCAUGGACUUCACCUAUAAUACAUUGUGAAGAAAAUGAAACAUGUAUAUAUAAUUAUAUACUGCGUAUAAAUAAAUAAAUAAAUAUAU